UAACACUGUUUUCGUCUAUCAUUUCUAUGCUGUCUUUGGUUUGUUUUCUAGUGAAAAGAAAUAAUUAAAAAUAUCAAAUAGCUGAGAUACCACGAGCUUGUGUUGCCUCGAAUUAGUUUGUAAAUCUCUAUAAUUUUCUGUUGACCAUUUAACCUGUAUUGUGUUGUUCUGAAAAGUUCCAGAACUUGCCAAUGCACUCAAAUAUUAUGUUUGUAAAAGCUUGUUGCUAGGACGCAUUUUCAUAUAACAAUGGAGGCUUCCAAUAAUACCGACGCUGUAAAUCUCGGAAUAGGAGAAGUGGAAGCUGAAAUUGGCGAAGAAUUGAAACAACUUGAGGAUGUUUUAAGAGAUACGUAUGAUACACGCAGCGAAGUAUCUAGCUCAUCUUCGAGUGAUUCCAGUACCCCAAGUAUUAGUUCAGUAAGCACAAAAUCUAAGGAACGACGACAUCGUAAACGGGCUAAGUCUGACAGUAAUUCUCCCCAAGAAACAAAGCGGCGUCGUAUAUCAAGCGGUACAAAAGUUAAGACGUAUGACUAUAUGACAAAAUUAAACUAUUUGUUUAGAGAUACACGUUUUUUUCUCAUUAAAUCAAACAAUGCUGAAAACAUUACACUGUCAAAAGCAAAAGGCGUUUGGUCAACACUACCCCAAAACGAAGCAAACUUGAACCAAGCCUAUAGAGAAUCGAGAAACGUUCUUUUAAUAUUCUCUGUAAAGGAAAGCGGUAAAUUUGCUGGUUUUGCUCGCCUAGGUAGUGAAUCUCGAAGGGAUGUACCUCCAAUAUCAUGGGUCUUGCCUCCUGGUUUAUCUGCUAAAGUACUAGAUGGUGUAUUCAAAGUUGACUGGAUUUGUAGAAAAGAAUUGCCUUUCAGUAGUACACUUCAUUUGUACAAUCCAUGGAAUGAGGGUAAACCAGUAAAAAUAGGAAGAGAUGGACAAGAGAUAGAGCCUAAAGUAGCAGAGGAGUUGUGCAGAUUGUUUCCUGAAGAUGAUGGUAUUGAAAUGACUCCAAUUCUUAGAAAAUCAAAAGAGGCAUCUAAAAAAGGUUAUUUAAAAAGUGGUAGUUAUAGAACAUACAGAGCACCGUUGUCUUCACGAGGUACAUCAUAUAGAAACCGUAUGAGCCAAUCACGAAGCCGACGUAAAAUCUUUACCUCUCCACGUAAUCGUUUAGGAUCCUCAUACAAAAGGAGAUCACCUUCACCCUUUUUGAGGGAGAGAUUACCAUCAUGGUUUGUCCGAAGUCGCGAAGGAUAUGCUAAUAGUGGAUCCGCAGCAGCAGAAGCAUAUGUGGCAGAAUAUAUGAGAUCAAUGCAUCAUCAACUGCCUCCCUUGCCAUACGUAGCUCCACCAGGAUUUAGUGGGGCUCUUCCUACAUACAAUGGGUUGCCUCCUCCACCACCUCCACCACCACGUUACUAUGACUUGGCUGAUUAUCCUCGUUCGGUGCUUGUUUAUGAUAAGAGAUCGUAUGAACGUUCAGUUGAUGAGUUUUUGUGGCGCACAUCGGAUCGUUCCAGGGGUAGAAGCCGUGACCGUGAUUCAAAUAGGUAUAGGGAUCGCAGAUAGAGUAAUUAUAACCACCGAUGUAUGUUUAAUUGAGUUUAAUAAAUAAUUGUGUUUGAACUUUGAACUUUAUUGAAUCAAAUUCUAUCAGUGUUGUGAUGAACUUUAUUUAUACUUGGACGUUUUAUGGUUAAGCGUGAACACUUGUUAAUUUAUUUAUUUUUAUGGGACUUGUGCUAUAAAUGUGUAUGGGUUAGGUAGAAGAAAGGAGAAAUAAGGCCAAUGGUAAAUUCACCACCAUGGAAUAUUGUGAAAAUACAGGAAAUAUAAUACCAAAUACUGGCUGUGAAUAACUGUGAUAUCUUAUAUUAGACAAGAUUUAGACAAUCUAUAUUUACAAAUUGACUAUAUUUAGAUGUCUUUUUCGGAAUUAGUAAUAUAUUAUAAAAAAAUUAUUAACAUAA